AUGAAGUUUGAACCAGUUAUAACGUCCUUUUUGGACACAGAUCUCUAUAAGCUUACUAUGCAAGCAGCAAUUCACAGAAAUCAUCCAGGGGUGUCUUGUAAGUUCCUAUUGACAAACAGAACACCUGACAAAAAAUUGAAUAGAGAAGGGUAUGAGUGGUUAUGCCUACAAAUCGCCUCCCUUGGAGAACUGAAAUUUACAGAGGAAGAAAUCGAAUAUUUGAAGGGUAAAUUGGGAUACCUAGGUUCCGAUCAUUUUCAAUGGCUACGUACUGUUAAGUUAAGGCCAGAUACGGAGGUAACAAUUGUUCCAGAGGUCACCGAUGGUAUGUACGAUUUGACAAUUACUGCAUAUGGAGACUGGGAAACUGUUACAUUAUAUGAAAUACCUAUAUUAUCGCUUUUAAGUGAAGCUUACUUCCGUUAUGUUGAUACUAAGUGGACCAUCAAUGGUGAACUUGUUGCUGAGUAUGUCAAUGGGAUAGCAAAGACCGAAAAUCUCAACAUCGUAUAUGCUCAAGCAGCUCAUAAGACAAAGUCACUAUCAGAAUCAAACUGUAAGUUUUCUGAAUUUGGUACCAGACGUAGACGUUCAUUUCAGGUCCAAGAUGCGGUCAUGCGUGGUAUUGUAUCGGUUCCAAAUUCUACAUGUGUGGGUACCUCAAAUGUAUUAUUUGCUAUGAGGUAUGGCCUAGAACCAGUGGGUACUAUUGGCCAUGAAUGGAUGAUGGGUAUUGGAGCAAUCACGGGAGAUUAUACCCAUGCAAAUAAGAAGGCAAUGGAGGAAUACGUAAACACUGUGGGACAUCAACAUGCAGGAUUAGCGCUCACUGAUACUUAUGGUACUCCUAAUUAUUUAAAACAAUUCGAUGAGCCUUAUGUUGGUUGGUAUGUAGGUGUUCGACAAGACAGUGGAAACCCUGAAGAAUAUGCAAGUACCAUUGCAGAUUGGUAUAGGGAGAAAGGAUACAAUGAUAAGGUGAUUUGUUUCAGUGACUCAUUAAAUGUGGAAAAAUGUAAGCAUUUGAAGAAAGUUUGCAAUGAGAUUGGUAUUGGAUGUAUUUUUGGAAUAGGCACUAAUUUAACCAAUGACUUUGACACAAAGCCGCUCAAUAUUGUGAUGAAACUAGUUGAAUGUGGUGAAGGUCAUGCAAUCAAGAUAAGUGAUAAUAUUGCCAAGAAUAUGGGUGAUGAAAGAACCGUAUUCAGGGUGAAGAAAGAAUUAGGCUAUAUUGAAAAAGAAUGGGACGAAGGCGAUGAAUCAAAUAGGUGGUAA